AUGAUUGAUGACAGUGUCACACCAGUGGUCCAGAAACAGAGACGGAUACCAGUCAAUCUCUCAGAUCAGGCAGAAAGCAAAAUCCAAGACCUCCUGGACCAAGACAUCAUAGAACGAGUUCCAGAUAACCAGCCACGCAGUUGGGUCAGCCCUCCCGUGAUUGCUCCCAAACCAGAUUCCAACGACAUUCGUUUCUGCAUCGAGAUGCGCAUGGCCAACAAAGCCAUACAACGCCCGUAUACGCAGAUACCAACAAUGGCUGAUAUUGUAAACAAAUUUCAAGGAGCAGAACGCUUCACUAAACUGUACCUCAAAGAAGCAUACCACCAGUUUGUCCUCGACGAACAGUCGCGUAACAUCACCACUUUCUAUGGCCCUGAUGGCCUCUACCGCUACAAAAGGCUCAAUUAUGGAACCAAAUCUGCCCAGGAUAUCCUCCAGUUGGAGAUGCACAAGAUGCUGUCCGGUAUCCCAAGCCAGGUGAACAUAGCGGAUGAUAUCUUGAUUGGCAGGUCAGUCGAAGAGCAUGAUGCAGCCCUGCAGAAAGUCCUGUCAGCCUUAACGAGUAAUGGUAUCACCGUGAAUCCUGAUAAGUGUGUCUUUGAUGUAGAGGAGGUGCGAUUCGUCGGGCUGGUUUUCAACAAGCAGGGCAUAAAACCCGACCCAAAGAAUGUAAAGAAUCUACAAGAUGCAAGUCAAUCCACAAGUAAAGUGGAGCUGCGCUCCUUCCUCGGGAUGGCAGGGUUUAGUGAACGUUUCAUUCCGAACUUCGCGAGUAUUGUCCACCCUCUGCGGCAACAGCUCAAGGAGAACAUUUGGGCGUGGGACGAAAAGUGCCAAGAAGCAUUCACCAAGUUGCAGCGAAUUUUCACUACUACACCAUUAUGUAAUCGGACAUGA